AUGGACGCCCACGGUUCUGGCUCGUUGUAUUUUCCCAGGUCGGGUACAGUUGGCGAGCGAGUUAGCACGUAGCUGUAAUAUUAGUGAAAAACAGCGAUGGCUCUAGAGUCGCGAAUCACGCAGGAGGAGAUCAAGAAGGAACCAGAGAAGCCGAUUGAUCGCGAAAAGACCUGCCCUCUUCUGCUGCGAGUUUUCACCACCAACAAUGGCCGGCAUCACAGACCAGAUGAAUUUGGCCGUGGCAACGUUCCUUCCAGUGAACUGCAGAUAUACACAUGGAUGGAUGCUACUCUGAAGGAGCUAACGAGCCUAGUGAAGGAAGUGUAUCCAGAGGCCAGAAAAAAGGGAACCCACUUCAGCUUUGCCAUCGUCUUUCCUGACCUAAGAGGGAAAAUGUACAGGUUGAAAGACAUCGGCAGCACUGUAUCUGGCAGGAAGGGAGCAGAUGAUUCCAUGACACUGCAGUCCCAGCGCUUCCAGAUCGGAGACUAUCUGGAUAUAGCUAUCACGCCACCCAACAGAGCCCCACCCCUCAACACGCGCAUGAGGCCUUUCUGAACGUGUCGACCGUGCCCACACAACAUUCAAGAACCAACACAACCGUCGUAGCUUUUGUUUCUUUUGUGUUAUAUUGGAGUUUUUUUGUCUCGCUUUAUAAUAUGUGACGUGUAAUAAAGUCAGUUUUACAAAG